AUGUCAAUACGUUUGUACGAUUCGAAACUCGAAGAAAACGGAUUGCACAUUUAUGUAUUCAUCUUGGAGAAGUUUUCCUCAAUUGGCUCAGAAAUUUACUCGAAACCGUUCCACUUUGCUGGCCACCGUUGGAAACUUCAAGCCGGGAUCAAAGAGAAGCAGUUUGGGGUGUUUUUGCGCUGGUUAGGCGGCGGGGAGCUUACGAAGGGUGUAAAAUGCAAAGUGAAUUUCACUCUGGGCGUCUUGAACAAGAAAGAGGUCGCGAGGUCCAUUAGACGCGGGAAUUUGGCGGAUAAAGCCGACGAGUUUACGAAAUCGGGCUGUGGCAUCGGUUGGGGAAAAUUGGCAUCCGUAGAGGAACUUUUAAAUGAUCGCAAUUUUAUUUUAGAUGAUACAGUUUCGGUUGAAUUACAAUGCUGUUUCGUCGAGACAACUUUUGAGAAUAGACUACCGUGCGCGCUGAAGCCUGGGGACAAGUUUAUAAAAAGUUCUAUGUUCUCAUUGUGCAACAGUCGGUGGUCUCUGAUGAUGUUUCCUGAAGGCCCCCCAAGCAAAAACGACGUUGCCCCUCAGAACGACCACGUUGCUGUUUAUCUGCAUUGCGAAGACGUCGGCCUGCUUCGCUACAAGGUCGGGUUUUCGUUUCACGUUCGGAGCAAGCUCGCGAAACAACGUGAAAUCACGUAUAACUAUUUCGAUACGUGCCAUGAUACUUGCAAUGUUUUUGGAAUCGAGCGGUUUAUGCCGACGAAGGAGCUUAAAAGAAUCGCAAAGAACGGAAAAGUUAAACUUAAAUUGAAGAUCAAAUCUAUCGAGCCAUACUUUUAUCUUGCGCUCGACCCCGCGAAUUUGAGGAACACUGAGGGUGAUACAUGUACACGAGGAGACUUAGUGGAUCAGUGUAAUAACCCCAUAGGCUUAACCCUCGAAGCAUCCCAAGACGAGAAACUCAUUUUCAAGUUGAAGUAUGAUCCCCACGGUGAAAACGAGGCUCUGGAUGAGAUGCCGUAUUUUAAGAAGAUUUUUUGGAAGGUGGUUCUUAACUCCUUUGAGAACGAUUCCGAAACGGUGGUCGUAUCGUCCUCGGAAGAAGCCGGAAAGAGUUCGUUCUGCUAUAGCGAAGCAGAGAGCUCGAUUGCAUCCAGUUUAGAAAUAAGCAAGGUGAGAUCAGUGGGUAAGAAUCUUUGUAGAAUGCUAUUAUGAUUUGUCAAGACGCAAGCUGUGUCUGAACUAUCCAAUAGACCUUUCCCCUUUUAAGUAAAAUUUUGAUCUAGAUUAGUCUGGACAAAAAUUUCAUCACAGCUUGAAAGAGCAUCACAAAAUUAGUAAUAUUCCGAAGUUUCGUUGUGAAAUGUUGUAAAAUGCGGACAAUAUAGCCUUGCGAAAUUUGCCGUUUUUCAGUCAUUUUGUAUUACAAACGGGAAAUUGAUAUUCUGUUUGAUCAUCUGAUUAUCAAUUUCCCGUUUGUAAUACCAAAUGACUGAAAAACGGCAAACUUCGCAAGGCUAUAUUAUCCGCAUUUUACAACAUUUCGCAACGAAACUUCGGAAUAUUACUAAUUUUGUGAUGCUCUUUCAAGCUGUGAUGAAAUUUUUGUCCAGACUAGUCUAGAUCAAAAUUUCACUUAAAAGGGGAAAGGUCUAUUGAACUAGCCAGAAUUGCAUGAUCUGUACUGGCAAUGAAUGGUUCUGGGACCAAAUCAUGCCUGAAAUUUUCAUGAUAAUUUGUCUAAUUCUGUUUUUCUACACAUAGACAGAUAAUUUGUUGAAAUGAACCUUAUCUUAGAAUUAUCAUACGAAUUAUCUUUUCUUUUUCCAAGUUCAUGUGUAGCAACAUAAAACUCUUCACUGAAACUAUAGUAAUAGCCAUGCAAACAUACAAACAACUUUUGUCUUUUUCAUUUGCAAAGAUUGAAGAACGAGGCAGUGUAUUUCUAGACGAAGAUGACUUCCUCAGCGUUCAUGUUUUCAUCGAAGAUGCGAAUCUAAUAUACGAUCCGUUACUUGAUCCUCUCACCAAACACAGCGUCUCUAAGUUGAGAGAGGAGAAGGAACAGAGACUCAGGAGUCUGGAACGAGAGUGGUAAGUGUCAGAUUUUAUUUGGAUUUUAUCCAUAUGCAGUCUCGCUAGGCUAAGGAUAUUGCAUACUGACUGUGGAAUUUAUGUAUGAAAGCGAUUGAUAACUCGUCUGUUGCAUGUUGCUGGCUCUCCAACAUGGCACAGGUUUUAGGCUGGUGCAGUUCAAGGGAAAUCUAGACCGAGAAUCUAAACCGAUUUUAUUUAUACUGGAUAACUAGUCUAUCAGUUCUAAACUGUUCUUCCUAGAGGUUCGGUAAGGAUUAGCCAAGUAAGGAUCAUCUCUUAUUGAUCCAGUGUUACUACAGGAGGAAACCUAAACUAAACUAACUUUAUUUAUACUGGGUGGCUCUAUUAGUUCUUAACUGUUCUCCCCAGAGGUCCAGUAAGGAUCAUCUCUUAUUGAUCCAGUGUUACUACAGGAGGAAACCUAAACUAAACUAACUUUAUUUAUAUACUAGAUAGCUCUAUCAGUUUUAAACUGUUCUUCCCAGACGUCCAGUAAGGAUCAUCUCUUAUUGAUCCAGUGUUACUACAAGAGGAAACCUAAACUAAACUAACUUUCCAAAUUGUUCGUGCUAGAGGUCUAGUAAAGGCUAUCUGGUUCACGAUAGUGGUUAGUGAACCCCCUUUUUAGUGAUAUUUUAUUCGGUUUUUUUUUUUGCUUCAGUGAGAGUUAUAUCGAAAAUACAAUGGCGGAGAAAGAUGUGAUCAUAUCAGAGCAAGAGGAAUUACUUGAAGAAAGAGACAACAUCAUUACUAAACAAGUAGGGCAUAUUGCUGGCUUGAAAACAGAAAUGGAAGAAAAUGACAAAUAUCUCAGUGAUCUUGUUGACGGAAAUGAACAGGUAUGCUUUAGGUUGAAGAAGAACGUUCUCUUCUAUUAUCACUAUUGCUUGGAUUUUAGGUGCGAUUUUCUUCUCCUGAGGGAUGUGAACGAGUGGAUGAGUUAUGAAUGUUCAGAUGAGGGUACAUCAGUGAGAAAUAUACUCAGAACAUUCAUAACUUAUCUACUCGUUCACAUCCAUCAGAAGGAGAAAAUCGCGCCUAAACUAGCAGCAAAAAUUGACCAUUUGCGUAAUAGACUAAAUUUUGAUCUCAACAAAAAUUUCAUUACAGCUUGAAAGAGCAUCACAAAAUUAGUAAUAUUCCAAAGUUUCGUGGCAAAAUGUUGUAAAAUGCGGAAAAUAUUGCCUUACGAAAUUUGCAAUUUUCAGUCAUUUUAGAUUACAAACCGGAAAUUGACAGCCUCGAAGGGUUUGGGGCUGUCAAUUUUCCGUUUGUAAUCUAAAAUGUCUGAAAAUUGCAAAUUUCGCAAGGCUAUAUUUUCCGCAUUUUACAACAUUUUGCAACGAAACUUUGGAAUAUCACUAAUUUUGUGAUGCUCCUUCAAGCUGUGAUCAAAUUUUUGUCUAGACUUGUUUAGUUCAAAAUUUAGUCUAUUACGCAAACGGUCAAUUGCAAGUGUAAAGGUCCAGACACACCGGACGCGAUUCGACGACGCCACGCGAUUUUUUAGUUUUUGAAAGUUAGUAAAACAGUUAAUGAGAGCAAAUUUUGAAAGAUAUGUAGACCAAAUAACUCCAAAUUAAUGUUAUAGCGCUUCUAAAUAUUUGGAAAAUUUAAACUAGGAUCAGAGUUAUCGGUCAUUGAAAAUCGAAAAAUCGCGUCGCGUUGUCGAAUCGCAUCCGGUGUGUCUGGACCUUAAAGGCCCAUACAGACCGGACGCGAUUCGGCAACGCGACGCGAAUUUUCAGUUUUCGAAAACAAAUAAAACCUUUACAAGAUAAAAAUUUUCUAAGAUAUGCAGACCAAAUAGCUAAAAUUGCUUAAGUGGUUCCGAAUAUUUGAAAAACAUUGAAAAAUAUUAAAGUUAAAUGUCAUUGAAAACUGAAAGUUCGCGUCGCGUUGUCGAAUCGGUGAAAUCGGUCCGGUCUGUAUGGGCCUUAAACGGGAACAAAGAAUCUUUUUAUUAAUUACAACGUUUGGGAGUAUAACUCCAUGAUAAUUGCUAAGCCGGUGGUCUGAUUUACCCACACACUGAGGAAGUGCAAAAGUGUGACUCACAUGAAAAGGUUCGAAGACACUAUUACAUUGUUAUUGGUGGGUUUCAGCCGAUGUUUCCAAAUUGAAACUUUCAAUAACCGUUACCGGGCAGCAAAUAGCGAUCAACUUCAAAAUGUUGACGAGAAAAUUGAAGAAGAAAAUAAAACUACAUUUCUCAAUUGUAUAUUUCUCCGCCGCUAAAUACAAGAGCACUUCAUAAUAAAAAUAAUUAACAUUUUCUCCUUAACUUUUCAAGGACGAAGCAAGCAAACUUUUGAAACGAAGUCUUCGGCAGUUAAUCAGGAAUGUCAAACCACCAAAGGACGAUAUAAAGGCACAAAAAACCGUGGAAAAGAAAUUGAGUAAAUUUUUAAAGGUGAAUGAUGAAUAUCUCAGUAUUAACAUUUCUGUGCAUGCUUUAUUAUUCACUGUUUCGGAUUUGCCGAAUUGUGGAAAUUUUAGUUGUUGAAAGAUGAUGUAUGAAAUACAUUUUAGAAAAAACUGCCAUUCAACAUCAGUCGCGUAUCAGGCGUGGGAGCUUAUGGACAGAAUACAACAUUGAAAGGAGCCAGAGAGUGUGAUCUUGCGAUCGCCAUUCAGGGUAAGGUAGUUAUUACGAGUUAAAAUUGAAAAGUUGUAGGGCGUUUGUGGGCACAGUGGGUAAAGUGGUUAUAGUGCAAGUGGCUUUCACUUCGACGAAUGCAUUCAAUUUUCUCACUGGACCUCUAAGGAGAACAGUUUAGAAACUGGUAGAUCUAUCCAGUAUAAAUAAAGUUAGUUUAGUGUAGGUUUUCUCCUGUAGUAACACUGGAUCAAUAAGAGAUUAUUCUUAUACUGGACCUCUAGGGAGACCGGUUUCGAACUGAUAGAGCUAUCCAGUAUAAAUAAAAUUAGUUCAGUUUAGGUUUCCUCUCCUCCUGUAGUAGCACUGGAUCAAUAAGAGAUUACUUUUACUGGACCUCUAGGGAGAACGGUUUCGAACUGAUAGAGCUAUCCAGUAUAAAUAAAGUUAGUUUAGUUUAGGUUUCCUCUUGUAGUAACACUGGAUCAAUUAUAGAUGAUCUUUACUGGACCUCUACGAAGAACAGUCCAGAACUAAUAGAGUCAUCCAGUAUAAAUAAUAUUAGUUUAGUUUAGGUUUCCUUUUGUGGUAACACUGGAUCAAUAAGGGAUCACACACAGCUAGGAAGAGCAGUUUAGAUUACUUUAAAACUGGUAUCUCCUGUAGUAACACUGCAUGGAUCAAUUGGUCAUGACUGGAUCACCAGGGAUAACAGUUUAAAACUGAUUGCAUGAGUCAUCUAGUAUAAAUAAAAUUAGUUUAGUUUAGCUAUGGUCAUCUUUGCCUGUUUCCAUUCUAGAUCUUCCGCGUACAGAGCACGACAGCUGGUUACCAACCAUCGUUGGUACCAUCAAGACCUUGCUCAACCAACGAGACAAGAGCGAGACCUCGCUUCCACCGUGCAGUGAGUUCAGCACCACAUCAUCAACUGUCAACUUCAGAUGUGCUGACGUGAGUGUUGUACUCAUGCCUAUCAAUGAUUGGGAGAAGAAUGGUGGAUUCCAGGCUCUUUAUCAGAUGAGCAUGAAACAGAGUGCCGAUGUGCUUGUUCAGUAAGUAUCGCGAGAAUGAUUCACGAGUCAAAUAUAUAUAAUAAAGUUAAGGCUGACGUUUUUAUCUUUGGCUUUGUUUCAACAGUUAUACCAAUAAUGUAUGUGAACUUCAAGCAACGUUUAUCGCCAAGCAACCUGACAAGGUAAAGUUUAAAGCAUGGUGCUUUUCAUACUUCAAAGUUUAAGAUAGUUUUUAAUGUCUUUAUUAAGAAUUGGUAAGGCGCCUCUAAGCAAUAUUGUGCAGUAGAAUGUGGUCAGUCUGUAGUUAUAAGAGCGAGAAAAUAAUAGUAUUUCCAAUCUUGUCAUUAGAUGUGCACUCAAGGCUGCCUUGGCCCUCGAGGUUGCCCGGGGCAAAACCUUCCAUGACGUCAUGAUUGUAAAAGGGGGGAGAAGCGGUGUUUUGCAAAAUAUUACACUUUAUGCAUAUUAUCCUGGACUAAUGCAGCUAGGAUUUAUAUUCUGAGUUACGCAAUCUUGUAUCGAGAAAUUGCAAGGGUCUUCGUUUCGUUUCUUUGGGGGUGGGGACUUUUGAGCUGGGGCUCCGGGACAAAAUUCACCGCCCCCCUAUCGGCAGCCCUGGAUGUGUUGGUCAGAUUCCUUUCAUUCUAUGUUCUAGUGCAAGGAUUUGAUACGAGUGGUGAAAAAGUGGAGCAGUGAUACAGAGUGGAGUCCUGGGUCGAAGCCAAGUGAUUAUCUUCUGUCGCUACUUGUUGUUCAAGCGUACGAAGUCGUUCAACCGUAAGUCAAAAUGAGAAUACAGUAGCUUAAGACUUGCUUCCACAUGUAACUGAUACGAAUCUCGUUGAAACAGUAACUUUAGGUGCUUCUUCGCGCAGCUACGGAAAGCUGUCCUGCAUAGUGUAAAUGCAUGUAGCCUAAAACAUAUUUUUUGUACGUAAAUCGCAGGGAAAUGUGUGAACAGUCUUCGCCUGACCUGGAUGUACUUCUGGAGAUGGCAGAAAUGGUCCAUGACAACAACCUAGAGUAAGUGUUGUAUCUAAAGAGAACUAAAGUUUUGGACUUUGGUCAAACGAGGAUGAGAGUUGAGAAGCGAGAGUUUGCAUGAGAGUCUUCACAAUUCUCGUGCCCGGUCAUACGAGAACAAGAGUUGCAUGAGAUUUGAGAAGCGAGAGUUGCAUGAGAGUUGAGAAGCGAGAGUUUGCAUGAGAGUCUUCACAAUUCUCGUGCCCCGGUCAUGCGAGAACAAGAGUUGCUUGAGAGUUUAUGAGAGUUGACAGGAUGUGACCACGCGUGGCGAAAACUCUCAUCAAUGACUCUCAUCAAAAUUUCAGCUGCACACGUAAAAACGCGCAAGUUGUAACAGACCUGCAGCAGACUUGUUCCCAGCUUGUUCUCUGCUGUCCCCAGCUUGUUGACAACUUGUCACAAGGUUGUUGAACUCGACAGACUUGUUACAAGUUGUUCCAACAACUUGUUAUCGUCCUGUAAUUUAACAAUUUGUCAACAAGUUGUGAGUGACAACCUUGUAGCAACUUGAUAAAAUAAUAGCAUUGUUACAACUUGUUGACAACUUGCUACAAGGUUGUUGAGCUCAACAGACUUGUUACAAGUUGUUCCAACAACUUGUUAUCGUCCUGCAAUUCAACAAUUGUCAACAAGUUGUGAGUGACAACCUUGUAGCAACUUGAUAAAAUAACAGCUUGUUACAACUUGUUGACAAACUGAGAACAUAUCUUGUUGACAAGUUGUGAGAUAUUUACGUGUGUAGUUCAAAGUUAACGAGAGCAAACACUGCCAAAUGAGAGUCGAUUAAAGUUGGCUGUCAAACGUGAGCAAGAGUUGCAACUCUCAUCACCGCACCUUGCUCUCAUUAACUUUCAUUCCAGUUUCAAUGGGGCUUUAGCAUUUCAUUCUCCUUACACACAUAAAAAUCUCACAUCUUGGAGCAAGUCUGCUAAGGAGCCGUCAACAAGUUGUGUUCGCACUGCUUGUCCCAAGUUGUCAACAAGUUUGGAACAAGCUGUUAACAACUUGUAACAAGCUUGAUGACAUUAUCAGACUUGCUGCAAAGUUGUUCCAACAAGUCCGAUACAGUCAUGAUAUAGCAAUAUUCUUACAACCUUGUGUCAUCAACCUUGUAGCAUUCUUGUUAUAUCAUGACUGUAUCAGACUUGUUAGAACAACCUUGUGACAAGUCUCAUAAUGCCAUCAAGCUUGUUACAAGUUGUUAACAGCUUGUUCCAAACUUGUUACAACAACUGGGAACAAGCAGUGCGAAGACAACUUGUCGACAGCUUCGGAACAGAUUUGUAACAACUUGUUUGCAGACUUGUAACAACUUGUGCGUUUUUACGUGUGUACCAGCAGACGAUUUUAUCCACACAAGUGAUUCAUUCUUUCUGUUUUAACAAUGUCUGACGUUUUUUCCAACCUUAGAUUAUCAUGGGAUACGGACAAUUACAUUUCCGCGCAAUAUCCACGCCAGUUUUUCCCGAAGCAAUUUACAUCACCCAUAGUCCAGGAUCCCGCCAUCCCGACACACAAUGUGGCCGAGACUGAUAUGGAGGAUUGGAACGAGUUUAGAAACAAGUUUAAAGAAUGGGUCAUCUCUCUGUCCCCAUGAUCAUCCAUUUUAGAACAAAAGGGACCACUGGUCAUAAUUUAUGGCGAGGGGUGGCAAUUUUUUUCAAUUUUCUGCAGUCUAAUGAUGUUUCAUGUUGUCUGUACAUGUACUUUCUUUUGAGACAACAUUUGCCUCCUGACAAAUCGGAAAAUGAUCAAGAUAGUAACUCUGAUUGAUUUGCAUACUGUAUUGACAUAUGACUAUUGGCCAUGCUCUUUAGUCUUUUGUUUUUCAUUUACCCAACCUUUUACUAAUUACUACUCAAAAUUUUGUUUACCCAACCCUUUUCUCUUCGUUGUCACCCCCCUGCCAUAAAUAAUGAUCAGCCCCUAAAUAUAUCGCUUGGUUUUGUGGUGGUCAAGAAAAUUAAACUACAUCAUUCUCUCAAUACAGUACAUGCUUCUGGAAAAUACACCACCUCUGCUAUACAGCCUCGUUUUCGUAAUUUAGACAUUAGGUGUUUAUUAAUGUCACAUACAUGAAAACGAGGCGUGUGUCUAUUGCCAAAGUGAUGUACUUUCCUAAAGUAUCACCAAAGUACUGCAUAUAUUGAAAAGAUUGUCAAAUAGUUUGGUUCUAAUAGACUAAUAAUUUUAGUUUGGUGGGGGGUACAAGGGGUCCAUUUAAAUGGGUUAGUAUUUUGUUUUUUGGGGGGGGGGGGGCUGAUCAGGUGCAAUAUUUUAAUACAUAAUUGAAUAAAUUGAUAAAGCCAUGAAUUUUGCCUCAAACUAAUCAAAUUUUACACACAAUUAUAUAUUGCAAAAUUUAUAUUAAACUCCAGUAUGUGAUAUGAUAAUUAAACACAAUAAUACAUUUUGUUGUGUUCCACCCAAUGAGUGGAAUGUCAAAUAACAACAUUAGGUGAACAUAAUAUAACAACUGACAGGGGUCAUCCUAAGUAAAAUUUAGAACUGCUUAUUUUGUCAAGAACAGACUGUAAGGUGUGACAGUAACGAGAGACAAGGUCAUGGCGUAUUGAAUGGCUGGGAGGAUCUUGGGGCAUGCUUUCAGAGUG